UGCCGCAUUCUAUUUCGCCGUGGAAUUAAUAGAAAUGUCAAAUUUUACAUGGCUCCAAUCCUGUGAAGGUUGCUGGUCCGGCGCCUUCUUUGGAUUGUUGUCGUAUAAGUUAGUCUCAUCUCCAUUAGCUGUGACGCAACACCGUUCAAAUCCAUCUCCAUGGUCUUUUACAAGUUCUCUCGAAUUCCUCUUUGUCUCACCGAUUCUGAAGCUUUUCUUGGUGACAACGUCAUGGCGCUUCUUUCUUCUCUCGCAAUUGCUGUAGUAGAGGUAGUGGAAGAGGAGCAGACACUUCAGGACGUGGCGAUUCUGCAUUGUCGAUGAUCGAGUGAGAGUUGCGUGUCAAGGGAGCAGUGGCAGCGAUGAUGGGUUGGAAGCGGCGAAGGAGGGCAUAGAGUUGGGGCAGUUGAGCUAUUAGUGGGGUUUUCCUCUUGAGGUGGGAGAGAUGGAAUUUAGCGAUACAUACAAGCACUCGGGGGCCUGCUGUUUUUCCCCUGACGCCAGAUUUUUGGCUGUUGCAGUCGACUAUCGGCUAGUUAUCCGUGAUGUGGUCUCUCUCAAGGUUGUACAGUUAUAUUCUUGCCUGGACAAGAUCAGCUAUAUAGAAUGGGCUCCAGACUCAGAGUAUCUGCUUUGUGGGCUCUUCAAGCGUGCUGUUGUUCAAGCAUGGUCGGUGUCACAGCCUGAGUGGACCUGUAAGAUCGACGAAGGCUCUAUCGGAAUAGUGCAUGCCAGGUGGAGUCCAGAUAGCCGUCACAUCCUUACAACUUCUGAGUUCCAGCUUCGACUUACUGUGUGGUCUCUCGUAAGUACUGCGUGUGUGCAUGUCCCCUGGCCGAAGCAUUCUACAAAGGCUGUUUCCUUCUCGAAAGAUGGCAAGUACAUUGCUAUUGGCACACGUCGAGAUUGUAGGGAUUAUAUUCAUCUUUUAGCAUGCCAGGGAUGGGAGGCCAUGGGUAAUUUUGAAGUCGGCACUUCUGACUUUGCUGAUCUAGAGUGGUCACCUAAUGACAGUACAGUUGCUGUGUGGGAUUCUCCUCUUGAAUACAAGGUGUUGAUUUACUCCCCUGAUGGCCGUUGCCUGUUCAAGUACGCAGCUUACGAAAAUGCGUUAGGAGUGAAGUCAGUCACGUGGUCACCGUGUGGCCAAUUUCUGGGAGUUGGUAGCUAUGACCAAAUUGUGCGAGUUCUUAACCAACUGACUUGGAAACCUGCGGCUGAAUUUAGUCAUCCAGCACAAAUUAGGCCCCCCUCAUCGACUAUCGUUUUUAAGGAGGUUGAUGAACCGUGGCGUACUGACAUAGAGUCGAUUUACGCUAAAGGGCUUCCUUGUGAUUCCUUACGAAGGGUUUUCUACAAAGUGGUCGAGGCCCCUGUGACCGUCCCUUCGCUCAAGCCAGCAGUGGAUAAGCCCAAUCCAAAGCAAGGGAUUGGUAUGCUUGCGUGGAGUGCCGACAGCCAGUAUUUUUUCACCAGGAACGAUAACAUGCCUAAUGCUCUAUGGAUUUGGGAUGUCGUGCGCUUGGAGCUCUUAACUCUCCUGCUUCAGAAGGAUCCUAUACGAUCUGCAGCUUGGGAUCCUAUUUAUCCCCGCAUCGCUCUUUGCACAGGAACCUCCCAGUUAUACUUAUGGACGCCAUCUGGCGCUUGUUGCGUACAAAUACCGCUUGCCAAUUUUUAUGCAUCUGAACUCAAGUGGAUACCAGAUGGUACCGCUUUGCUGUUGAAAGACAAGGAUGCCUUCUGCUGCACCUUUGUACCUAUGCUUCCGGAAUUCGAGCCUGAUGAUGAAAACGAGAAUGACGGUGACAGAGAAUGAAAAUGGCUCGCUGUAUAAUAUUGGAUCGAAACUUGGAAUAUUUCAUGCUUCCUGCACAGGAAGUCCAAUGUUUUUUGGUUUCCAUCAUCAAGAGUACGUUUACAUGUUUAGUGCCAACUUGCCACUCGGUUUUGAAGUGAGGAAUGGUUAUUCGAACCCAUUGCUACAGUGCAGGCAGUGUAGAAAAGGAAGCACUUAGGGUGUGAACGAGGAGUAUGACAUUCGUGGAUUCUCAUCAUUUUCUUUUAGUAACUUCUCAAAGGUGCUCGUAUGAAGAUCACUCUCACUUGCAGAACUAAAUUCCGUUUUUUUUUUUUUUUUUUUUUUUAAUGAAUUCUAGCAGUAUUAGCCAGUUAAAUGAGUAGUGAUGUUACUUAGGCUUCACCAUUUAUUCUUGGUAUGAAUGGCGUGUUCAUGCAGAGCACUCUAUGCGUGUGACUGACAUUGUUAAGUUUCUUCACAUUAGGGAGAUUAUUGAAAGAUAUCCAGUGCAGAGUUGUACUUUUUUCUUAAUGAUGCAAGUGGAUGCUUCCUUGUACCUGGACAAGCCAGCACCCAUGAUUUAUAAGCAAUACAAGUUCAAGACUUUUUCUAGUA